AUGGCUGAUUCCGAAGAGCUCGCUGCAUCCGCAGCGACUAAGCGACCUCACUCUGCCGUCGAUGGUGACGAGAAUGGUGACGAGGAGUCCUCCGACGAUGAUUUUGGUCCAGCUCUACCCGCUGAAGUUGCGCCAAAGAAGAAGCGCAGAAAGCUCCCCUUCGAAAAGGUCUACGUCAACGCCCUGCCCGCUUCCCCACGGUACUCCAAGUCCCUCAUGCACAAGGAGCAAUUGUCGUUUGUGACCGUCACUCCGGUCACCGACUUUGUCAUCACCAGCUCGGUAGACGGUUUUGUCAAGUUCUGGAAGAAGAUGGCUGCCGGCAUUGAGUUCGUGAAGGAGUUCCGAGCCCACCCUGGCGAGAUUCGCAGCACGAAUGUCAGUGCCGACGGGCGCAGUUUUGCGACUGCAGGAAUCGACAAAACAGUCAAGAUCUUUGAUGUGAUCACAUUUGAUCUUCUGGCUAUGUAUACACUCGACUUCAUACCUCGAUGUGUUUGCUGGGUACAUCGACGAGGAGCCUCUCUGCCAUUGCUCGCUGUAACGGACGAAUCAUGCAAUAGCAUCCAAGUCUUUGAUGGACGGGGUGAAAAUCCUCAACCCUUACACACUGUUAAGACCAUUCACCGCGCCCCCGUGGUGUCAUUGGCAUUCAACGAUGCAUUUGAUUGCGUGGUCUCGGCAGAUGAGUCGGGCAUGGUCGAAUACUGGCGAGCCGGAGACGGGUCAUUUGAGAAACCAGACAAUGUGUUUGCAUUGAAGUCAUCGACGAACUUGUUCGCAUUCAAGAAAGCCAAGUCCGUCCCUACCGCGAUCACGAUCUCGCCCUCCGGUGAACACUUUGCGACCAUGUCAUUCCCUGACCGUCAGGUGCGGGUCUUCGAAUUUGCUACGGGCAAGCUGUACCGAACCUAUGAUGAGUCAAUAGCGACCAUCACCGACAUGCAACAGGCUGGUACCGCACCGUAUCAGCUAGAUGAGCUAGAAUUCGGACGACGAUUGGGCGUUGAGCGAGAGCUGGAAGGAGAGUCGACCCGUAACAAGGUGAAUGUCUCCUUCGACGAGUCGGGUCACUUCCUCCUUUACGGAUCAUUGUACGGAAUCAAGUGCAUCAACACCUAUACUAAUCGCGUGGUCCGGGUUUACGGUCGCGAAGAACCCUUCCGUGCAUUGAACUUGGCUCUCUACCAGGGAGCGCCGCAGAAAAAGGGUAGCAAUCCGCUGUUGCAAGAGGCCGAGGAACGCGACCCCGUCCUCCUAUGCACCGGGUUUGCCAAGGUGCGCUUCUACAUGUUCACCAACGAGACGGAAGUCUCCAAAUCGAGUCGUGACGUCCAGAACGAGAAGCCGACGCAGGCCGCUCGGGACUCCGCUACGGGGCCUUCCAAGGCUGCUGAAACUGGAACGGCCGCAGUCCUGCACACCACGCUGGGUGAUAUCCAUCUACGACUGUACCCAUCUGCGGCUCCGCGGACGGUAGAGAAUUUUGUGACGCACGCACGACGAGGAUACUAUAACAACACCAUCUUCCAUCGGGUCAUCCGUAAAUUCAUGAUCCAGGGUGGUGACCCCCAGGGUGACGGAACCGGUGGCGAGUCGAUCCUGGGCGGCGAGUUCGCCGAUGAGUUCUCCAGUCUCCGACACGAUAAACCUUACACCCUGUCCAUGGCCAACGCGGGCCCUGACACCAACGGCAGUCAGUUCUUCAUCACCACGGAGAAAACUCCCUGGCUCGACAACAAGCACACAGUUUUCGGACGUGCCGUGCAGGGACUGGACGUGGUGCACAAGAUUGAAAAUGUCAAGACCCACAAGGAGAAACCGGAGGUGGACGUGAAGAUUGUCAGCAUCAGCAUCUCCUAG